CUUCUUCACGCCCAAGAGCGGCGCAAAGCACCCCGACAACCCCGACCUCGACCUCAAGCUCGUCGUCGCCUCGAUCGAGCAGGCCAAGAACCUCGGCGCCGCAAAGCACCUCGCCCAGAGCGUCGGCCUCAAGGACAUGCGCGCCGUUAGCGCCGCCGACCUCGACAAGCUCCUCGGCAGGACCCGCGACCAGGCGUCGCCGCUCUCGCUCCCGCCGUCGCUCGCCGCGUCGACCCUCCUCAUCACCUCGUCGUCGCUCUCGUUGGCGUCCGCCCUGUCCGUCCCCUCGCCCUCGGACCCGUCCCAGGCCCUCAUCCUCUCGCAAGACGACUGGCACAAGGCCGUCCUCCAGCUCAAGCAGGAGGGCGCCGCCCUCAAGGAGGCCGACUUCCUCGUCAAGGGCGCCGAGGCGCCCGCCAAGCCCGCCGCCGCGUCGGCGUCCUCUUCUUCCGCCGCCGCCGCCGGGACCAAGACGGGCCAGGCCGACAUCGAGGGCCAGGCCGGCGUCCAGCUCGGCAUCACCGUCAAGAAGGAGCAGGCCGUCUUUGGCGACUGGUACCAGCAGGUCCUGAUCAAGGGCGAGAUGCUCGACUACUACGACAUCUCGGGCUGCUACAUCCUCAAGCCCUGGUCGUACGGCAUCUGGCAGGAGAUCCAGACCUGGUUCGACCGCCACAUCAAGGCGCUCGGCGUCAACAACGCCUACUUCCCCAUGUUUGUGUCGCAGACGGUCCUCGAGCGGGAAAAGGACCACAUCGAGGGCUUUGCGCCCGAGGUCGCUUGGGUCACCAGGGCCGGCAAGUCGGACCUCGAGGUGCCCAUCGCCAUUCGCCCGACGUCCGAGACGGUCAUGUACCCUUACUACGCCAAGUGGAUCCGCUCUCACCGCGACCUCCCGCUCAAGCUCAACCAGUGGAACUCGGUCGUUCGCUGGGAGUUCAAGAACCCUCAGCCCUUCCUGCGCACGCGCGAGUUCCUGUGGCAGGAGGGCCACACGGCGUUCCAGACCAAGCCCGAGGCCGACGAGGAGGUGCUCCAGAUCCUCGACCUGUACCGCCGCGUGUACGAGGAGCUCCUCGCCGUCCCCGUCAUCCCGGGCGUCAAGUCGGAGAAGGAGAAGUUUGCCGGCGGCCUGUACACGACGACGGUCGAGGGCUUCAUCCCGACGACCGGCCGCGGCAUCCAGGGCGGCACGUCGCACUGCCUCGGCCAGAACUUCUCCAAGAUGUUCAACAUCACGGUCGAGGACCCGCACAACCCGGGCGGCGACAAGCUCCACGUGUGGCAAAACUCGUGGGGCCUCUCGACGCGCUCGCUCGGCGUCAUGGUCAUGGUGCACGGCGACGACAAGGGCCUCGUGCUCCCGCCGCGUGUCGCCCAGCUCCAGGUCGUCGUCGUCCCGACGGGCAUCACGGCCAAGACGAGCGACGAGCUGCGCAGCAAGCUCAACGACGAGGCCGACCGCGUCGCCAAGGACCUCGUCAAGGCCGGCAUCAAGGCCAAGGCCGACCUGCGCGACGGCUACACGCCCGGGUUCAAGUACAACGACUGGGAGCUCAAGGGUGUCCCUAUCCGCCUCGAGCUCGGCCCCAAGGACCUCGACAAGCAGUCGGUCCUGUCGGUCCGUCGCGACACGGGCGCCAAGGCGCCGCUCGCCAUCGCCGACCUCACGUCGUCGAUCCCGUCGCUCCUCGACACGAUCCACGUCGACAUGCUCGACCGCGCGCGCUCGACGUUUGACGCCUCGAUCACCAAGAUCGAGAACUGGGCCGACCUCGUGCCGGCGCUCAACUCGAACAAGGUGACGGUCCUCCCCUGGUGCGAGGUCGAGGCGUGCGAGGACGCCAUCAAGGACCGCUCGGCCAAGGAGAGCGUCCAGGGCGCCCAGGAGGACGAGAAGGCCCCCUCGGCCGGCGCAAAGAGCCUGUGCAUCCCGCACGACCAGGCGCGGUGGGGCAGCAUCGACGGCAAGGUGUGCCCGCAGUGCGGCGAGAAGGCCAAGCGCUGGACCCUCUUCGGCAGGAGCUACUGAGCGUCGUCGGUGCGCGUCGGUGGAUCGUCUGCGAGGGAUCUGUAGCUCGUGUGCAUCGUCGGUGUCUCGCUCUCGUUC